AUGGAGCCAUUUUCAAGGAAAAAUUCAUUUAAAGCCAUAAUAUAUCGCAGUCUUCGGAUUCCAAAGAAACCAAAGCCACCGAAGCCAACGGUGGCUAAGGAACCCAGUGUUUUCCUUAUCAAACAGGCAUCAUUCGACAAUUUGCAAGUGCUUAAACCAAUUCAGGAAGAAUGUGCGACACCAAUGUUUCCAAGCAAAUCUUUUCCGAUCCUACCAUGCUCCCUCAUAAAGUUUUAUAACGGAGCUGAUCUUAAAGCUUACGAGAAAGAAUGGUUAUUAACCAGUUACGAGCGAAAGAGGAGGUCACAAAAACUGUUUGUCGCCGGAUACCAUGCUCACGAACAACUUUUCUGUCCGCAGCAAGCAAGUCAAAUCGAGAUUCAUUUCACAAGUUCAUGCUCAACUGACGUGAUAUUACAGGUACAAGCCCCUAAUGGUGAAUUCAGUAAUUAUCUUUACCCUUCAAAAGAUCAAACAGUAUUCUUCAAUCCUACAAAGGUCGGAUGUGGGCACGGUAUUUGGCGAAUAGAUAUUGCCGUACGAAAUGGUUGCAGAUUUCGUCAUGUACGAACAGAAGAAGUUCAUCUCAAAGGACAGGGUUAUUGUGAUCAUUUGCAUCAUGACUUCGACGUACCACCAAGAAAGAAAAUUUCAGGAAUCAUCGUGUACAACGUUGAACCAAAUGCAACAAUUCGAUUAAAGGAGAAGUUAUGGUUAAACUUGUUGAAUUAA